AUGAGAAGACACAAAGAAAGGAAGCCAAUCGUGCUUGCUCUCGCUGUCGAGCAGUGCAUACUUUUACAGUGUAUCCUCUGUGGCAGCCAUUUCGGGAAUCCAGAUCAGCUGUGGCUGCACGUGCUCUCAACUUGUCCAUCCAAUUUAUUAUGGCUGCAGGACAAAGGCUCCUGGCAGAAAGUGGGGCCAAUGAAGGCUGGCCCGCCAGAAAACACGGUGCCUGGCAACUGGUCGGCCAAUCGAAGGUUCGUCUGUAAGUUUUGCGGCUUGAUAUUCGAUCUACCGCCCGAUAUCGGCCGCCACCAUCAGGCGGCUCACAUGAGCCACACCUCUGUUGGCACCUGA